AUGCCAAGUGCUCACGCGAUUGCCGCGCUGUCAAUGGCCAAGCUGUUCGUGAGCAAGCUGAGGCCUGGCUUGCGCAGGUCGUGGUCGCGAUUGCGGCGUCCCUCUGAGAUUAAGAUCAAGGUUAUUUACCUCGUGCGGCACGCAGAGGCGAUGCACAACGUCGAAGAGAAGCGCGUGGUCGGCUUGUCACUCGAGGCUGGCCUCUCAAAAUCAGAAGCGGAUCUGGCGCGGAAGACGGCGCUGGAGACCAACGAUGCGCUCAAGGACGCGCCCCUAUCUACCGGCGGGCAUCAGCAGAUCCAGUCAGCGCUCGAGGGGUACCAGAGGCUCCUCGAUAGGACGCCAUACUGCGCGCCGGAAAUUGUGCUCGUCUCUCCGCUCCGGCGCACCCUGCAGACUGCGACACGCCUGUUUGGUAGCGCCGUGCGCAUCGUCGCAGUGGAGCUCCUCCGGGAGAAGCGCACGGGGAUGGCCUGCGACGAGCGGAGCUCGGUCGCAGAGCUCGCGGCAGAGUUCCCUCAAGUCGAGUUUCAGGAGAUUGAGGCGUGGAUCAGCACCGGAGAGGUUGUCCCGGAGGGUGAGGAUAACGCCGCGGUGCGCAAGCGGGCAGCGCGGUUCCUGGACGACGACCUGCCGCGGCGCGAGGCGAGCACGCUGGCGGUCGUGUCGCACAAGGGCUACCUGCGAGAACUGCGCGCGAUGCUCAAGGAGCGCGCCGACAACAAGCACAGCAACUUGCAGCUCGAUUUCGAUCUCAACCUCGAGGUGACCGGCACGGUGUUUGGGAAUGCCGAGGCGCGCCCGUCGGCCAACGAGCUAUGCGCCAUCGUGAGCCGCUCGCUCGAGCACGCAAUCAAGCGGGCGAUGCGCCAGUCCUCCAUGCUGCUGCGUGAGGAGAGCGAGCCGGGCAUGCGCCCUCUGCAGCUGUCAAAGAGCAACAUGGGGUGGAGCGACAUGGAGUGGGGAAAGGGAGAGCUAGACUCGUGA